AACCAAUCCGCUCUCUCUCUCUUUCCUCCUCCCUUCGACAUUUUUCUCCCACCCAAGCUAUAAGACGACAACGACGACGACGAAGACGAAGACGACGACGAUCACCACAUUACCUCCGCCUCUUUAAAACCCUAAUUCCCCCCCUCUCCCACCAAACCCUAAUCUCCUCGCAACGCUCUCCGACUCUCGCUCUCUCUACCGAUCCCUUCUCUCGGCUUCGAUUUGUCCGCACAAGGGUUUUCGGUCGCGAUCUGUGGAGGCGAUGGAGCUGUUCCAGCGCGCCAAGGCCGUGCGCCUCAAGAGCCACCACGACAAGUACCUCUUCGCCGACGACGACGAGCUCCGCGUCACCCAGGACCGCGACGGCGCCUCCCCCAACGCGCGCUGGGCGGUGGAGCACGUCCCCGUCCCCUCCGUCGACGGCGGCGGCGGCGAGGGGCACCGGGUUUUUCGGCUGAGGAGCCGAUACGGGAAGUACCUCACGGCGUCGAACGAGCCGUUCCUGCUGGGGAUGACGGGGCGCAAGGUGCUGCAGACGAAGCCGGAGCGGCUCGACUCGGCGGUGGAGUGGGAGCCGGAGCGGGAGGGGUUCCAGGUGCGCCUCAAGACGCGGUACGGGCACUACCUCCGCGCCAACGGGGGCCUCCCGCCGUGGCGCAACUCCGUCACGCACGACGUCCCCCACCGCACCGCCACCCAGGACUGGGUCCUCUGGGACGUCGAGAUCCUCGAAAUCAAUCUCCCGUCCCCGGCCUCCUCCCCCUCCCCUGCGGUGGUCGCCGCUGCCCCUUCCUCGUCGCCCAAUCCGCCGCCGCAGGCGAAACUCUCCAAGCUCGAGUCAUCGGAUUCUUUCGCUACUCCAUUGCACAAGGUAGAUAGCCGAGUGAUCUACUAUCACAUCGCCGAUGAUAAGGGCCGUGUGGACGAUGGCAUUGAGGGCCACUCCUUUAUUUUCAAUGGCACAAGCUUGGAGGAACUGACCCACAAGUUAGAGGAAGAGACAGGGCUUAGCGAUAUCAUUGUGUGCUCUAAAAGCCCAUUAAAUGGGAAGCUCCAUCCUCUUCGCUUGCAGCUGCCACCUAAUAACGCCGCGAUGCAUAUCGUGCUGGUUCGGGAGAAUUCGAAAGUGGCGAAGACUUUCCCAUGAUUGUAUGGUUCAUAGAGAAAAUGUCAGCAUGGCCGAAAGAGGGGGAAAAACGGCAGCAUAGUAGUCUCAUGCACAAAUGAUCAUUAUGCAGUUUGUUUGUACAUUUUGCCUUUCCUUUAUAUGGCGAGUAUAGUAUACUACAGCGAUAAUUCGUAUUUGUGCUAUCAUAUUUCUCUACCUCUUCAUUGAACUACCAUUUCAAAAGAAAGUGGUGAAGGCUUGGAAUAUCAGCAGCAAUUUUUGAUGAUUUUUUUUUUUUUCCGUGGAUAAUUUCUCUAGUAAUUUCCAAUUUUUGUCCCGGGUCAUUCAUUGAUGUACAUCUUGCCACCCAUUACACAUCUUGUAGACUUGUAAAAGCAUAUAGGACUAUAGCUCUUCUGUCUUUUUGUUAGUGCUCUCUAGGAUUUUUUUUAGCUUGCUUAUUGCUCAAAUUUUUACUGUAAGAAAUUCGGAAAGAUUUGGAAGUGAUGCUGCUAGUUUCAUUUGGAUUGUUAAGAUGGAAAUAAUUGAGAACAUACUCUCGUCGGACUCUGGAGCGAACAUCAGCUGUUGUAUGAUAGUAUGGAAGGUGUUGCUUCAAUUUUCUUAUAAUAAAAGUUUUUCUCUCUGCUCCAUUUUUUCUUUUGGAUGCUAA